UUGUCUUUUAACUUUCAGAGCUAUAGUCAAAUAAUUUUAAGCUGAGUUUUAUGCACAUCAACUAUAUUAGCAGUAGAAUUCUUGAUUGUUUGUCAUUUUGUUUGCCAAUUCACUGUAACUUCCUGAAGAAGAUUAUCAAAAUAUCAGGACACUUUGUAAAGUUAUUUUUCUUUUAAAAAAGAAGCACAGUUUAUAUUUUUUAUGUAUGUGUACAUUUUAAAGAUAUAAUUUGAAACAUGGUGGCAGCAUCUUGCUUUGGCAAUGCCAUAGUGCCUGUGAAAAUUCACUACCAUGUUUUACUUUCUUGCUGCUUUUACAAAUCAAUCAUAAUCAACAAAAUUUUGGAUUGACGUCUGGUCUUGUUUUAUUAAAACAUAUAAAAAGUUAUUAACCCUACAUUAAUGUUUAAUAAAUAUGGUAGGACAGAAGUCAAUAGUAAAAAAUACAAAUAAAUUAAUGUUUAUAUUUUUCCUCAAGGAACAUAGUAAGGAUCAAGAGUCACGAAAAGAAAGUAAUAUACAAUAAAAUGACCCCAAAUGUAGCACCAAAACAGAAAAAAGACAAACAGCAACUUGUGAUAUCUUAUUUUGAAAUUUACAACCGGACGUAAGGCUACGUGUCGUGGCCGAGUUGACGCAGGAUGCUGCAAACACACCGUCUCUUGGCGGACAUGGCGGCAACUUGAUGAAGACGGCGAGGGCUUGAAAAAGAUAAAAAGACGUCCGUAGCAGGCUGUAGCUAGGCCCCAUCGCGCUGACACAAAAAGGCAACAGUCCUUCGCCAUGUUGGAAGACGAUAGCGCCCUUGUCCGCGCACGACCGAGGCCGGGGAAAACGUAAGCGCGUCAGUGAGUGUUUCUAAAAGCGGAGUCGCGGCUACGCAGAGGAGCGGAGCGUAGCGGCGCCGCGCGGCAGCUCGGGGCGGACGGGAGGACAGCCAUGGAGGAUGCGGCCCGCGGUCGCAGGAGUCUGAUUACCCACCCUGCCCACGCUCCUUUGGAUGGGAAUUUCCGCUGAGCGCGACGGAAAGCCGGGACAACCCACUAGCCGACUCUUAAGGGGAGGAAAACGCGAUCGGCUCCCGACGUCCAUGACUGUUGCGGCAGAGGAGCCCCCACGGUGGAGUCGGCCGGUUCCCAAAAUAUGACCAGGGGUGCUGGGACGUGUUGGCAGCAAGAAGACGACGACGGCUUCCAAAUCUGGCUCGAGCCCUCUCGCGACCACCAAAAGCCAUUCACCGACUCUGAGAGGGCGCAGAGAUGGCGACUGUCCUUGGCAUCUCUCCUGUUCCUCACCGUCCUCCUCUCUGAUCGCCUGUGGUUCUGCGCCGAGGCCAGGCUAGCCCGAACCCCGGACAAGUUCGCGUCCUCCCACCUCCGCUCCCCCCACACCCACUCGGUGCACAUCAGCCUCACAGAGAACCCCCACGCUAUUUUUCUAGGAAACUCCACCAAACAUCUGUGUCGCCUCGAAACUCGCCACCGGGACAGUUCGUCCGGCGACUGCUUCGCCUUCGCGGAUGCGGACGACCUGUGUCGCGGCCUCUCCGACAAGCAGGGCCCGCGGGUCGCUAACAUGAGCAACUUGUACCUGUCUUUUUGUAACUCCUACUCCCUGCUGGACCUGUUCGACGGCUCGGCGAGCCCGGACAACCUGAACUGCAGCGUCCGGGCGCUGGUGGACGGCGACGCGACGCGAUGCGGCGAGUGCGUCCAGGCGUUCCAGCGCUACGACCAGCACGCCCAGGAGAAAUACGAGGACUUUGAGCUCCUGACGGAGAAAUACGAGCCGGGGGCUUAUUCGGUGAGGACGUGCAUGGAGCAGUGCAAGAUGGCCUAUAAGCCCUGGCUCUGUGCUCAGUACUUCCCCAACAUCAAGCAGUCUUGUCAGAGGAAGAUCCCGUGCCAUCGGUACUGCCUGGAGGUCCAGCAGAGCUGCCCGUUCAUCCUGCCCGACAACGACGACCUGAUCCACGGCGGAAACCCCAGCUUCAUCUGCACAGGGCUCCUGAGAGACCAUCCAUCAGACGGCGAGGCGGAGUGCUGCGACGUUCGAUGGGACUCCAAAAUGGACAGCCCUUCAGGCAGCACGCUUCAAAGGACUGCUUCUUCCUGCCAGCCCGAGGGGGCUUCGGUCACUUCCGCCGCCAGCCCGAGACUUUGCAGCGGGCGACUGAAGAUAUGCCUGCUGGCCCUCGUCCUCCUACAAACUGUCAUCAUCAUCUCAGCCUCGCAUAACUCUACGUUGCUGGACGUGGCCGCCAUUUUCUCACUGGAGGAGUCCGCUCCGAACGAGGAGUGAACCCCUCGGUGGGGGAUGUCGGGGAGUCGGGGUUAUGGCUUUUUACAGUGUCACGGCCGCCAGGGACGCAUCUGGCGAGACGUGCCAGAGAUGUCACCGCGAUCUGCUGCCAAACGAAGCGUCAAUCACACAACGCGGGAGGGCUUGAACCGGAGAUCACUGGGCUGGGAGCGGACAUCGACCCAACCGAGACGUUCGGGGACCACGCCCUACGAAGAACUGACCUCUUGCCACUAGAAACCUGCUCAUUGUUUCUAUUUCAUCCAAAUGUUUUCUAGCAUAUCGUCCCUGUUUUCCUUCCCCUCCUACCUUCCCUGUCCUCUGGUUUCAGUGUCUGGGUGGGUGAAACGGACAUUGACGACGUGUGCAUUCCAGCUCAUCGUUACCUUUAGAUUUUUGCUGCACUUUCCCCCCUGGGUGUCAGAUUAUUUUGACAUUUCCGCUCUGUUCUUCUCUUAAUCCUUCAUCUCCUUUGGUGCGCCGUACAUGUUGUUGCUCAAGGGCCUGUUGGCAUCAGCUCAUCCUUUAGUUGUGGGUCAUGCUUUCCUUCAGAAAUGUGGUUCUCCUGUGUUCUGUUGUCGAGCUUGUUUUUUUUUCUACUGGAUCUUUUGUGAACCCCUUCCAACGGCACAUGCCUAAGCAUUUUAGGACCUCAAGUGCUCUGAGACUCACUUCCUCCUCUGACUUGUUCUGCAGUUGGAUAAGUUGGGAGUGAAGUGGAAAAGUUGGUGAUACUGCAACUGUCUGAGGCGUUUUCUUUAAUGUUUUCUUUUUAGUCUUUGACGGGACGCUGCUUGUUCUCAAGUGUUUAGUUCACCUUACACCACAGUGGCUGGUCUUACUGGUUAAAUUGGUUUUGUGGGAAAACGCUGGGGUUGGAAAAGGUCAGAACACAGGGAGCCUCACUCAUCAACCAUGAACCCGUCUCCAUAAAUAGGCUUUUCCCACCAAUCGGUUCCGCUGCUUAACCAAAGGUGGUGCAAAACCCACUUCUUAACUGGUCCAGUUUGGGUUUCCACAACCAGAAAACAACUUUUACUAUUUAUCUCAGUGUUCCUGCAAAGUAAAUGCACGAGUAUCCCCAUCUUAGUUAUUAAAGAUUAUUAACAAACUGCAGAUUUGACUAUAAUAAAAGACAGCUGGGACUUAUUAGAACAUAGCAGAGGGUGAUAUCAAAAUUAACAGCAGGAAGCAAAGUUGUAAACAUUUGCUCUCAACUUCCAAGCAUAAGAAAAGACAUUUAUUGUUUGCAGCUGUUUUCAUGUGACCCUAAACCGCUCUAAUUCUCACCAGUAAGCGCUCUAAUUUAGUAAGAAAUUACUUCAUGCCUCAACUAAUAAAGUGCCUCUCUUUACACACAAGAAUAAACACAAUAAUUAAACUUAAAUUAAGGUGCAACAAGACAACUGAGUCAAAGUGAAAGAUUUAUUGUGAUAAAUGUUGAACUCUAUUUUCACCUUACAAGGUAUCAAUUAAAACAGCUCAAUAAAAUAGUUCAAAACAGUUUCCAGCAUCAAAAUCUAAAUUCUUUUGAUAGAAACUCCAAUUUCUACCUUUGAUCAGAUGAUCCACGAUAGUUGGAAUAGAUAUUAUUCUAGUUUGAAAACUGGGAGGUUUUUGGAUGACUUUUUAACCAGAUUGGUGGCACGUUUGGCUUCCCGUAGAAGGCGAUGUCGCGGUUGUUUCAGUUUCGCGAAAGUUUUUAGAAAACAACAACAACAAAAAUAACGCUCGACCCUCGAGAAUGAAGCUUUUUUUUCCCACGCCAGGAUUAAACUAACCGCAUAAUAUCCAAACAGAUACAAACAUUUUGUUUUGUUAUAGAAAACAGUUAAAUAUGAACAUCAUUCAUGUAAUAUAUUACCCAAUAAUAUUAGCAAAACCUGCUAAUCCAGGAACCUGGAAGUUAACUGCAUGUAAUGGAGGUGUGGUUUUUAAGGCAUUUAGUUCAGACUAAAGUUUGGAAAAGAGUUCAGGCCAAACAAAAAGUGCCCAAAUAAACAGCACAUCUGUGCUAGAGGUUGAGAUGGUGGAAAUACAAAGAACUGGUGCUAAGCAAGAACUAGCAACAAAGAGACAAUAUAGAGUGGAAAACUCUUAGAGCUUGUUGAGGUAGUUCAAUUCUGAGGUUAUCUUAUCUUAAGGUAACUAUGCUAUAUUAUUAAUAUCAAGGAAAACUGAAUCAUCCAAGUCUUUCUCUUCAUUGACUUGAAUCCCUUCACGUCAGAAUUUUUCUGUACAAUGUGCCCAAUUAACAACCAGAAACAACAUUGUGUGUAUGUGUCCUGGUGUGCUGUUUCAGUCAAGAGACCAAUUCAGUUCAACACCCAACAGUUUCUGUUGACAUUGUGCAGGGGGCUAGAUACACAGGGGUGAGGAAGCAACCUAUUUUCUUCUAAAUAAGUUGCAGUGAUAUUAUUUGAGUCCUCUUGUAGAGUACUGGAACUCAGGAGUUUUCUGGCCGCUCUAGUUGGCUGCAAAUAUUUUACUUGACGAAUGAGGCUCCCGGAUCUUUGGGUGAUUUUUGGCCGAAUGAGGCGUCUGCUGGCGUCAAAGGGGGAGAAAGUGGUGAAAUGGAAACACUUCAGGGUUAGCUUCUUCUUCUAGACAAGUUCUCCUGCGGUCAGUUUGGCUUUUCAGGAUCUCAGAGUUUGUACAAGUCAGUCAGUCAAACUACUUACUCUGGAAAUCACCUGACGAGUUGAUCAGUUACAUUCUUUAUCUGACUAGCAAAGAGUCAGUGUGCAAGGAGUGUGAGGAGUUUUUAAAGGGCUGAUCCAUACACUUUUAUGCUGUUUUUCCUAUUUUCAAAUGGCGCCUUCUAGUCAAUCAUCUUUUCCCCCCCUUUUUUUUUUUUACUAGUGAUAGGACAAAAACCAGACAUUUAUCCUAAGCUGAAUCACUGAGAAAAUGUUGCAUUAAUAACAUGGUUGCUUUCUAAUGGCUGAUCUGUUCUAACACUUUUAGUGGUGGAAACAUUGUAUGAGUGACUCCUCUUCAGCAUCAGAGAACAACCGUUAAAUCUGGCCCAGCUGGACGACCUUUGACCCUUGUUUUAGGACCUCCCAGAUGGGAGAAGACAUUCUCUCCCCAUAUGUUUGGCUCCGCCCCCUUAAUCAUUAGCUGACUGAGUCCUGUGGAUCUAUGCAGAUGAACCCCCCGCCUCAAAUCUCCCCAGCCACUGUCCUUCACCUCCUCUAGUCCUUUCUGUUGUAAAUAUGUCCUGAGGAUGUGGGAUCCCCUAAAAGUCGCCCCUUCCUGCCUCUCCUGGUCCCCCCUCCCCCACCCGUUGGAAUCUCUGUGUUUUCUGUUCGGCUCCUUGGUUUUUUGUCUGUUUUUUGAGAUUUUUGCCACAUUUUUCUGUUGUCUAAAGCAGUGGUGUGAGUUGAUGAGUAGGACAAAGUUGGAUGUUUAAAGGGAUGACAUAAAGAGGUCUUUAAAAAUAUAUAGAUAUAUAUAAAUAUAUAUAUGAAAAAGACAAAGCUUGAAAUGAGAAAAGGUUUAAAUAUAGAGAAAAAAAUAUGAUAAAAGUUGUCAUAUUGUCAUACUAGAGAUGCUUUAGUUUGCUAUUUUACUUUCUUUUUUUUUUCUACAAAAGACUUGGAUGAAAAUUAUUUAUAAAAAUGCGUCCCACAAGUCAUGACCUUUUUUGGACGUGAAACGAAUACAUUUAUUAACAUUUUGUUCAAAGGAAAAUAAAUAUAAAUUAUGUUAAACAUGA